AUGGUAUUUUAAUCCUAGAGUGGAUAUAUCUUUGGUGGAUAUUCUCCAUAUUAAUGGUUAUCUGAUAAGAGUUGGGUUUAAGAUGAUUCAUUAUCAUCGUUUUUGUUUUCGUAAACACAUGAUUAGAUAUAUCCUUUGAAAUAAGAAUAAAAAUAAUAUGCUAUUUGUUGUAAUUCUGGAUUUGGGCCUGCAUUUGGAGGAGGUUCGGAUCGAUAUAUAAACUCUGAUUUUAAAAGUGGUAAUUCUAAAUUAGGUGAUUCAUAUGAAUGGAAUAAAUAACAGAAAGAAGCUUAUAAUCAUUUAUUUGGAUAAGAUAAACCAAUAUUAGAAUGUGAAAUAUUUGAAUUGAAAUUUAUGUGA